UCCCGCGCUAAAACGGCUGUAUACAAGAGAGCCCCGAUAGGUCUAAUCACUGUUAAGGUGAAUUUUGCAAGAUGGAAUAUUCAAAAAACGAUACUGACUUGCUUUAGGUGAUUAAUAAAAAAAGACAAUAUGUCGCCGCCAUUAUCAGCGCACUUGCGAUGGCGCCGCGAGGCGGAAUCUACGACCGAGAAAGUCACCGUGGUGGGCAACAUCACUGCUGGCAAUAUGACUACGGUUCCUCCUGUUGCAUCUUCGAUCAACCCUGCUAUAACUUCAGAGGCAACAGCGACUGUUACCACCACUCAAGAAUCGAUUGGAGAAAAGACAGCCGAAAUAGCCCGAAAGAUGAACAUGGAAACAUGGCAGUUAGUCGCCAUUCUUGUAGGAGUGGGUGUGGUGGUACUCACUGUUUGCUUCUGCUGUAUUCGCCGAUGUUUCCGUAAGCGACGCUCCAAGGAUGGCAAGAAAGGAAUGAAAGGAGUCGACUUCAAGUCCGUCCAACUCUUAGGUUCAGCAUACAAAGAGAAGGUUCAGCCGGAUAUGGAGGAGCUGGCGGAAAACGCUGAGGAACCAGACGACGGCGAUUCUAAGAAAGAGGAACAGAAGCUAGGAAAACUUCAAUACAAGCUGGAAUAUGACUUUAAUAGCAACAGUCUAUCAGUUACUGUUAUCCAAGCGGAAGAGCUACCGGCUUUAGAUAUGGGCGGGACUUCAGACCCAUAUGUAAAAGUAUAUCUUUUACCUGAUAAGAAGAAGAAAUUUGAAACCAAAGUUCAUCGAAAAACCCUCAACCCUGUUUUCAACGAAACCUUUGUCUUUAAGAACGUGCCAUAUGCUGAUGCAAUGAACAAAACCCUAGUUUUCGCGAUCUUCGACUUCGAUCGAUUCUCCAAGCACGAUCAGAUUGGUGAAGUGAAGGUACCCCUGUGUCAGGUCGAUCUCGCUCAAACUAUUGAAGAAUGGCGUGAACUACAAAGCGUUGAGGGCGAAGGUGGACAGGACAACAAGCUGGGUGACAUAUGUUUCUCUUUACGUUAUGUCCCAACCGCUGGAAAACUUACCGUGGUAAUUUUGGAGGCAAAGAACUUAAAGAAAAUGGACGUCGGUGGCCUGUCAGAUCCGUACGUAAAGAUUGCACUCAUGCAAAAUGGCAAACGUCUCAAGAAGAAGAAGACGAGCAUCAAGAAAUGUACACUGAAUCCAUAUUACAACGAGUCAUUUACUUUUGAAGUACCAUUCGAACAAAUACAGAAGGUGAAUCUAGUGGUAACCGUUGUGGACUAUGACCGCAUCGGUACGUCCGAGCCAAUUGGCAAGGUGGUGCUUGGAUACAACGCGUCGGGUACUGAGCUGCGUCAUUGGUCGGAUAUGCUGGCCAGUCCGCGGCGCCCCAUCGCUCAAUGGCAUACUCUUAAAGAUCCAGAAGAUGGUGAAAAGAAAGAUUAAAUACGAAUGAGAAGAUCAUCGAAACGAGAAAUAGAAGAACGAGAACGAAGAACAAACGCCUUAUAUAAUAUCUUAUUGGAAUUCACAAUUCGUCUCUCAAUAUUUGUCUUCUAAGAUAACUGAAAAUGCAAUAUUCAUUCUAAUACACAGUCUAUAUUUAUUUAUUUAUUGUACACGGCCGUAAACGUCCCUUUUAUUAUAUCUAUAAAAUUAUAUUUUAGUUUUAUCUGAUAUUUAUAUUUUUAUUGAGACAAUUAAAUCGGCUGUGUACAUAUUUUACUUUUAUCGAAAUAUUCUAUCAAUGUGACGAUUGGUUUUGUAAAGAAAUUAUUUCAUAUUUUAAUUAAAUAAUAAAAAACUAUAUUGACUACCUACAUAUUUGAAACACUUAUCUAUUAUAAUUGUAUCGAAGCUAUGUAAAUAAGUUGAAUCCUGUUAAAUUUAUUACAUUCUAUUUUACUACCAAGUAAGUGUUAUUGAAUCGAUACAUUUUAAGUAUUAGGUUCCUCGGAAGAAGGACAGACAUUUUAUUGUCAUAAUGUAGACACACCUUAUUGCUUAUUUAUUUUCAAUGUAGAGGUUUUAUUCUUCCCUUCUUCGGAGGAACAAUUGGCCUAUUAAGGUAUCUUAUCCCUAAUAUUACUUUAUUUCAUGACAAACUAAACGUAAAGAAUAUGUCUUUUAUUACCUUAACGUUGUAGAAAAAUAUAUUGUCGUCUGCCAUAGCUCUUCCUUCCAAUUACAAAAUUUUAAGUGCAAUCAUGAAUGCACCAAAUAAUUUGAUUUAAUGUGAGUUUCCCAUACCAAUUUAGUAUAUAUCACACUAGUUUUCUCUGUUUAAAUGUUUAACUUAGUGUAGAAAAAUAUUUAUGAAAAUAAUACCUAAGUAAUUAUUGUAAUAUACACAAUAGUAAUAAUGAGCUAUAUAACACGACAUUCGUAGAGUUUGUAUAUCUUGUUGCAUAUGAUUACUCCAAUGUUUUUCAAACAAAAAUCUAUGAUUAACUUAUGAAACUAGAACAUAGAAUCCUGAAUAAGAAAGUAAUUAUAAAAAUUAAUUAUAUUUUUUCCUAAAUUAAUAAAAAUAUAUAUAAAAUCUGGAUGUAUAACCUGUAAUUGUAUAUUAGCUUGCUGCUAUAUAUACUUCAAUAGGUAUUCUCAAUUGUUUUAUUUGAAUAUAAUACUAAUUAUAUAAUUAGUAAAUAAACUAUCCUCUCAUUAUGGUGUGAAGCAUAUACUUAGCUAAAGCUUGACUGUUGUUGAUCUCAAAUGUGUAUGUUAUUAUGUAUAUAAUGUAAUCACAUGUUAAAUUUCACGAUCACAUCUAGGAGUAGGGAAUAUGAAGUGGGGCUUCGAUUAUAUAAAACUGCACCAACACAUUAUGUAGUCUUGCGAUUUCAAUACUGUAUUUAUCAAUAAAUAUAGUAAUGUCAAUGUACUUAUAGAUUGUACUUAUUAUAGCACAUCGUAACAGAAUCAUUGCCAGCAACUAAUAUUAAAUUUUUGCAUGUUCUUUUAUAAGCAAAUCUAAUUGGACGAAUUGAUAAGACUAUGCAUCUGUUAAAGCAUUCAAUCAUAGAAAUUAAUCAAAUGUCGCUAGACAUAACUGUUCGAUCAAGAAUUAAAAUAUUGACAAUAUAGAAAAAAAUUGAGGCGGUAGUUAUAUUAAUAUAAUUAUUUUACUAGAAAAGAUGCUGGAUGAAUAUUAACUUAAGUUUCUCUGAUGAGAAAAACUAUUGUAUUCUAACUGAAAUAAAUUUAUAUUCUAGUUUUUGAAUUUGUGAGAAGUGACAAAACCAUACAAAUUUAUAUUAAUAAAAAUUUGAAAUGAAGAUAUAUUCUUCCAUCUCGAUAAAAAAAUUGCAUAUGACAUUUUCUUUGCCUUCGAGGACAUUAAAAAAAACAGUAAUUAAAGUAUUUUGACAAAAAU